AUGUUUGGGGGAGACGAGGAUGACGCUGAUUUUUUGUCCCCCACUGGCGGGGCAAAACUGGCGUCUCUGUUUGGUCUGGACCAAGCUGUAUCUGGAGGAGGUAAUGAAACCUUUCAAUAUACAGCACCCAAACAACCAAAGAAGAGCCAUGGAACUUCUGGUACAAAAGCCUCCAAACCAUCCGGUCCAGGAAACUCUGCAGCUGCGCCCUCUGUCCUUUUUGCCACAGCAGUCCAUGCGCAUAAAUACGUCAACGGUCAGUUUGUGAAGCAGGGCAAGUUUGGAGCUGCAGUUUUGGGGAACCACACUACCAAGGAGUACAGAAUCCUCAUUUACUUGAGUCAGCAGCAGCCAGUUACUACAGCUAGAAUUCAUCCUGGCUUUGUCUUUACGGUUCAGCUGAAUAGUUAUGCUGCUUUUUACGAUGAUCAUAGACAGAGUUGGUCCAUGAUGUUUGAGUCGGAAGCAGCUGCAAUUGAUUUUAGUAAGCAGAUCUGUAUUUGUAAAUAUAACAGUUCUCCAUCCCUGGAGUCUGUACUCUGUCAGGAUCUUGUCCUUGGGGAUGGACAAGCUGCAGAACUUGGAGACUUUUUGGAAGUGGCGUACACAGGAUGGCUAUUUCAGAACCAUGGACUAGGGCAGGUGUUUGACUCAAAUGUACAGAAGGAAAAAUUUUUACGACUGAAGUUGGGGUCUGGAAAGGUUAUAAAGGGUUGGGAGGAGGGAAUGUUAGGAAUACAGAAAGGAGGAAGCCGUUUUCUUAUUAUCCCACCCAAUCUUGGAUAUGGUUCCCAAGGAAUAUCUGGGCGAAUCCCUCCCAAUGCAACUCUUGUUUUUGAAGUGGAAGUAAAACGUAUGAAGCUAAAGGAUCAAGGUUCUGACAAACAAAGCAUUGGCUCUCGAGACUCUCCGGUAUCAAUCACGGACAGCUUACCUACUGAGGUCUUACCACAACCACCUUCAUCUGUGCCACCUAAGCCUGGGGAGCCUGCUGUUAGGGCAAAAUCUAACUCCAUUAGUGAGCAGCUGGCGAAUCCAGAUGUAGCCAAAGCAAAAUUAAUCUCCAGGAUGGCAAAGAUGGGGCAGCCAAUGUUACCCUUCCUAGCAGGCAGUACCACUCCCCAGCCUGACUCAAGCGACUCUGAAAUGGAGGAUCCCAACACUCAUCGUGUCUUGCCACAGCCGGCUGUGCCUGUCCCUAUCCAGCCCACUCCUCAGAUGAGCCACACUCCAGCCACUCACAUCCAUGCUCCAGUGCCCCAGCCAGCAGUACCUGGGCUUCCAAUCUCCUCCGCUGCAUUACUACCUGCAGGGCAUAUUCACUCCCAGGUUCACCCUUCAGGGACAACCCCAGCUUUCCAGCCCUACAGUGGGAUCCAGUACACCUACUCUCAACCCUCUGCUGCUACCACGCAACUCCAAACUGUUGGCCCUUUGUACCCAUCUCCACUCCAACCUACAGCACCUUACCAAGCUUCCGGAGAUGUUACUACAUUUAUGAUGACAGAAGCACGUCAGCACAGCACGGAAAUCAGAAUGGCUAUCAACAAAGUUGUAGACAAAAUUGAUAACUUGUCCUCUAAGGUGGAUGUUCUUCAAAAAGAAAACACAAUUGGAAACUCUCACCUCCUACCUGGGAUCUCCUCUAUCACCAUGGAGAGUGCUAUGAUAAUGAACAACAUCCAACGGAUUAUUCAGGAAAAUGAGCGCCUGAAGCACGAGGUUCUGGAGAAAAGUAGCCGCAUUGAGGAACAGAAUGUAAAAAUUGGCGAUCUUGUUAACCGAAAUCAGAGGUAUGUAGAACAGAGUAACCUACUGAUGGAGCAGAGAAAUGACUCCUUAAAAACUACCUCUGAGAACUCUCAAGCCAGAAUGCUUCACGUAGUCCAAGAAAAGGCUAAGGUUACAGAAGAACUGGCAGAGGCAACCGGCCAAGUGUCACGUCUGCAACUGGAGGUCACAGAAUUCCAGAAAAAGGAGAUGGAACUCCGAACCCAGCUAGCAGCUGCUCUGCAAGAGGCUGAUAAACAUCGGUCACAGUUGUCAUCUUUACAAGUACAGCUGAUAGAAGUACAGGAAAACUCUGAACAGACCAAGACCCGAGCCAAGACAGAGAAAGAAAGUCGCCGGCAGCUAGAGACUAGGUUGGCUGCCCUAGAAGAAGAGCUGGCUGAUUUGAAGGCAGAGAAGGGGAAUUUAGAAAAGGGUCUUGCCGAGAGGAAGCGAAAGUCCCAGCAGGAGCGACAGCGUGCUGAGGAGGAGCAAGAGGAGAUACGUCGCUCCUUCCAAGAGGAGAUGGAAAAUCUGAGGCAACUUCUGAAAAAGACUCAGAAACAGGUGGCAUCUGAACAGUUAUCAGCAAAAACUAAUGAUGCACAAAGAAUGGCUGAGCUGCAGGACCAGGCAGACCAGCUACAGCCUCUGAGAGAUAAGUAUGCAAAACUUCACAGUCAGAUGGUGGCUCUGAUGGAAGAACGUAAGAAACUCCUCUCUAAGGAAGAGGACCAAACUUCUGGAAAGGACACGACCGAAGAGGUUAAAAAGAUUAUGAAUGGGGUAUUUCAGAAGCUGCGGGGAGAUUUUGAUCUGGAAGAGAUGUACAGCGGCCGGGAUGUUCUUGGCACCAUUAUGAAAACUAUAAAGGCAACAACACUACAGCUACUUAACAAACAGCAGGUGGAGGAACCGGUAGAAAGCAGCAGUGAAGAUGAAGAGGAGGAUGAGGAAGAAGAUGUGACCCAAAACCAAAAACCUACCAUUCCUAAGGUGGAGGUUGAAGAGAAGAAGCCAACUAGGGAAUCUUCCUCCGCUCUCAAUGGGGAGCCUCAAAGAUCACCAGCACAUCAAAAAGAGGAAGCACCUCCCAAUAUAAAUGAGGAGAGUCCUAAAAUAUGUCCAGAAAAUGAAGCGACAUCUUUGGAUGUUGCGGAGGAAAAGCACUUAGAAACACAAUCUACUCCUAAUUCAGUAGAGGAGGGAGAUGGACUUUUGCAGGUGGAAGUCAUCCAGGAGAAUUUUGAUGCUCCAUCUGCUCUUGUACAUAUGAUAUCCAGUGAUAUGCUGGACACCAGCACCAUCUCUGAUACAGAGGAGAAGGCUGAGUACAAUAAAGAGAAUGUUGCCCCGUUGGGAGAUCACUGUUCAUUUUCUGAGCUUAGGACAUCUAAUAAUGUAGAGGUUUUAGAACAUAAUAAAUGUCAGGCAACUAUAACCAACAUAAGUGACAAGGCAAUCGGUGAUGGAACAGCUGUCCCCAAAGAAUCUGCGUCAAAACCUGAAUUUGAAGAUCUAGAAGAGGAAAAAGCAGGAGUUCCACCUCCACUAGGAAGUGAUGAAGACAGCAGCAGCCCUGUCCCACCAAAAGAAAAAAAAGGAAAGAAGCCGUCAAAGCCGGAAGAGUCAAAACAGAAAGGCAGUAUCAGCUUGGGGGAUUCUGAUGAAGAUGACUUGUUUAAAACUGCAUCACCCAAGUUGUUGAAGCCAAAACAUGAAGACGAGGAAGAGGAGGAAGUGAGCAUGAAGGGAUGCCCUCCCCCUGCACCUCUUUUUGGCGAUGAUGAUGAUGAAGACGAUGACGAUCUUGAUUGGUUGAGCGGCCGUUAAACCUGAGCUAUGGACUUAGAGUUCUUAACUGUCCCAAGGACACCAUGGGCUGUUUACUGCCAACCAGAUGAAGGGGGUUUCUCUUAGUCAAGAUUUGGAUUCACUUACCAAUUCCCAUGGCAGCUACUUCUGGUGCCAAGAAUGUGUUACUGUCUUUCAUCAGUCUGUUUUAACAACAAUAAGCCAUAAUGUCGGCAUACGUUGUCUCUGCACUUUAUCUUGCCAGGAUCAACCAAUUUGUCACCAAUGACCUACAGUAUAUAAAUCUGUAUUUCUGAGUUUAACUGUGUUUAUCAGUGGCUAACACGUCUAACAAAUACUGGAACUAAUAAAUGACUAUAUACGUUGUUAGUAUUUAAACUACAUUAAAUAUCUUUUUCAAAUAUAAAAUAUAUUCGACCCAGUGAUUACAAGUCUUCUGGAGCAAUAAAAUUAAAGCUUGCUCAAUUCUGUUCUUAAUAUUAUUUUAUAUGGCACCUUUGGAGCUUUUGAGUAUGACUUCUUCAACAUAACUGUAUAUUAAAGUUGAACCCUAAAACAAA